UUUACGUAAAAAAUUAAACAGUCAUAAAAAAUAUCUGAACGCUUCGUUAGUCAGAACCUUUUGUGUUAAGAAAGAAAAUUGUGUUCAGUGAUAAAUAGUGAAAGAAAACAGUUCAAGUGACUAUGUUUCGUUGAUGUCCUAGUCGUCUGUAUUAGUCCUACGAGCUGUACGAUACAAGUAUGGUGUAGAUAAAUCGGCGCCUGCGCAUUGUGAAGAUUAUGGCGUCCGUAUGGAAGCGACUGCAGCGCGUCAACAAGCGUGCCGCAAAAUUUCAGUAUACGGCCUCAUAUCACAGAGUGGACUUGGACACGUCGCCUAAAUGGAAACCCAACAAGCUGAGUUUGGUGUGGACGCGGCGAUCUCGUCGGGUCAUCACAGAACCAAGGGAAUGGGAACCGUCGUUAAAAGAUCCCCUAAAAGGGUCUGUAAUCUACACGAUGCCUGAGAAUCACACGGUUGCAGUGACCUUGUUCAAGGACUCCCGCACCAACGAGCUGGAAGAUAAAGACUGGACCUUCGUAUUAGAAGAUGUUUCAGCAACAGGCAAACGUAGAAGACUGGCCGUAUGCGCAAUCAACAUGCGUAAAUAUGCAAGUUUGGAACCGUCACAGCGGCCUCUGGUGCUGACUUUAGACCCAACCACGCAGAAGAUCACCGCAGCAUCUAUUCAUCUCACGUUACAUUGUGUAUUGUUGAGAGAGGGACAGGCUACGGAUGAGGAUAUGCAGUCAUUGGCAUCACUAUUAUCAGUUAACAAUAACUCGGACAUUGCAGUGUUGGAAGAUCUCGACGAAGAUGACUACACGUUAUCAGAUAACUCUACAAGACAGAUGUUUGAUCUUCGACAACAAAUGGAAGAAAUGACGCAGAGUCUAACCAAUAGCGAUAUAGCGGCCACACCCAACAGCGUUCAAAGCCUAAACUUUGACAACUCCCGAACCCCAACUGCACCCAUCACCCCCGAGACAGACGACCCUAUCACCCCCGUGCCUAGAGACAUGACUCCCCUCGAAACGGAACUAAACUUCGAAUCGCAUACAUCUAAAUCCAGACCUGAAUUCCUUAGUAAUUUAACGAAAUUGGCGAUGAAAACCGAACAGCCUAAAUUUACAUCGACUCCCAAUAAAAAUACUAAUCAUAUAGUGACAGAUAGUAAAAUAGAUAAUAUGAAAGGUCCGCCAGUGUUUAAAGCUAAAACGAUAGCAAAAACCAGCCUUAAGCCGUUGGAGUUUAAGACUAAUUUGAAUAAUAUAACUUUGGACAAGAACGACAAUGAGAAUGAAGAUAGCGAUAAAACGCCGACUGCAGAGGUUGAAAAUGUAGAUAAAGCUUUCCCGGAGAAGUUAGAUAAGGACAAAACCCCAGUACAAGAUCUGCUGGAGUGGUGCCAGAGUGUGACGCGGGAAUACAAAUCGUGUCGGAUCACCAAUCUGACCACCAGUUUUCGAUCAGGACUUGCAUUCUGCGCAAUCAUACAUCGAUUCCGGCCUGACCUUAUCGACUUCUCGGGUCUGCAGCCGGACGACGCGGAGCAGUGCGUGCGAGCGGCGCUGGAGGCCGGCGCGAGGCUCGGGGUGCCGCAGGUGUUGUGUGCGGCAGACGUGCUCGCGCGGCCCGCGCCCGACAGACUCGCGAUAAUGACGUAUCUAUUCCAACUGCGUACGCACUUCACUGGGAAAGAAUUGCAAGUAGAACAAUUAGGUAACGAGGAGACGGAGUCGUCGUACCUGGUGGGUCGUCACGACACGGACGGGUCGGUGCCGGCCGAGCUGUUCACCCGGGAGGUGGCCGCGCGCCGCUCCAGGACCCUCCUCGCCCGGCCCCGCCCCCAUUCACAAGAGUCGCAAGAGUCGAAACAUUCACAAGAGCGGUCCACCCCCGACAAGCCAAGUUCUCCGACCGCCAUCAAGGACGUGAGGGACCUGUUCUUGCAACAGUCCAAGACGAUACUCGGCAAGAUGCUGUCACCUGCACGCGAUCAGAGGGAGAAACCUUCGGCCAAGUGGUUCGCGGAUCCUUUGAAAGUUACCGAGCCAUUACCAGCGAGGCCGGAGAAGUUGAUGACACGCAAGGAACUAACGGACCCAUUCGGAUCUGACGAUGAAGAGGAACAACCCCAGCAGACCAUCAGUAAUAGCAGUCCACCGCAGCUGGAGAACAAUGCUAAAAUUGAAUCUAGUACAGAUCACACCCCGAGUGUGGAGGCUACGUCUAUCUCAGCCCCUGCAGGGGUUGCUUCACCCCCGGAAUUGCCGCGUCCCACGCCGCAAUUAUUGUCUCGCCACGAUGAGUUGAAAGAGCGAGCGAGACAGUUGCUCGAAGCUACAAAAAAAGAGGCUAGAGAAAAAGAGAGAAAUAGAAGGCAAAAUUCCAAAGAAAACGAAGAAGCAAAGAGUGAGAUUGUGAACGGACUUAGAAACGGAGAGAUGAGUCCUAAAAAGCCAAUGACAGAGGAAGAGAGACAAGUGAUGCUACGCGAGAGAGCGAGAAAGCUAAUAGCCGAUGCGAGAGCUGGCAUUGUUAGCCCUACGUCCCCGUUAUCGCCGGGGCGAGUCCGCUCCGGCACGGUCGAGAUCAUCAGCAAGCAAUCCGUCAUGGAUGAACUUGCGGCCGCUGGCGGCAUGGAGCAGUUGGACGCGUUACUAGGUCGUCAGGAUUCAGUGCACUCCAGCCCUUCCAGGAACAGUUCCAUCAGUCCAGACAGAUCUGAAGAUCAUCACAGUGAGGACAGCCGCAGCAUCAAGAGUGGUUCUCAGGGCUCGGGGCGGCGAUCUCCGCUGCAUUCGUUCUCCGCACUUGUUGACAGACUCACGCCGGAUAAAGAACUACCUGACGAGGGUCGAGAAUCCGGUUCCUAUAUACAAAGCGAGUUAGAAGCCCUGGAGAAAGAACAAAAGUCUAUAGACGAACGAGCGGCCGCGCUGGAGAAGCAACUACGACGGGUCAUGGACGCGGCUGAUAAUACCGAGGAGGAAGGACGUCUGAUGUCGCAGUGGUUCAACUUGGUGAAUAAGAAGAACGCGCUACUCAGGCGGCAGAUGCAGCUCAACAUACUCGAGCGAGAGGAAGACCUCAGUCGCCGCUGCGAACUGCUGGCGCAGGAGUUGAGACUCUCUCUAGGAGUGGACGAGUGGAGGAAGACCCCGGGACAGAAGAGGCGGGAGAGACUGUUGCUUCAGGAACUAUUGUCAGCUGUCAACGAACGUGAUAGAUUAGUGCAAGAAAUGGAUGAACAGGAGAAAGCAAUAGCAGACGACGAUGCAAUCGAACGAAACCUCUCACAGGUGGAAAUACAAAGGAAGAACAAUUGCAUACUGCAGUGAACUGGCAGUCUGCACGAUGGUCGAGGCACUAUUAUUAAUAAAUAAAAAAACUUUGUCUAUGGUACACACUAGCGUUUUAAGGCGGUACGUUUACUGUGCGUUUUUUUCGCAUAUACAAUUUUUAUAUACUUUUUCGUGACGUCAUUCAAUUUUAUAUAUCUACAUGUGAAUGAUAAAAUAGUUGUUUUUGAACUUGAUUAAUAAUAAUGUAUUUAAUUGUGUUAUGACUGCGAACAGAGAUUAAUAGAAAAGAGAAACAUAUUACGCCGACGUGUUUAAUAUACAUUAUUUAAAUUAUUAACCGGGUCUUAAGCAAAGUUCAGUAGCAUUAAUAGUCAAUAAGUGUACGGAUACCGUGAGUGCUGUGUGUCGCGAACUUUCGUUAAACAAUCUUGUGACGGUAGAUGAAAAAACUGCUGUCACCUAUCUACAUUGACAUCGCUGUAACUCCAGUCAGCUCGUGACCACGGCUAGUGCAACCUAGUCGAAACAUCGAGAGAGGUAAAUACCUUUAUUUGCCAUAAAAUUAUUCGUGUUAAGACCCGGUUAAUAAUUUAAAUAAUAUAUUACGCCGACCACAAAUAAAUGGGAUAAGGAAGAAGCUGAUGAUGAGGAUGUGUUAUAACUUCAAAAAUAUUACGGUACUUGGAGUAUGUAUUUGCGUUUGACGAUCAGACUAGUUUGCUAGUGCUCUAGUCAGUACAAUUUAUUUUGCUUUAUAUUACACAUUGAGUAGUCUUUGUGUUGUGUUGAAUAACUAUAUUAGUAUUAUGAAAGUUAAAAUAAUAAAAUAAAUGUUGCAAUUAAAUUUACAGCAGUUAUAUCUAUAAUUUAGAUUGUCUUUGGUUUUGAUUUAAAUUUCAAAGUUCGAAAAAUAUAAAUACUACCAAAUAAUCUUUCUUCGCUUCUAUAGAUCAGUCUCAGUUAUUAUAUAUUAAUGUAAUUUCAAAUCCUGGGAGAAAAAAACCAAAUAUAUAUUUUUUACAUAUUGGUUAUACGUAAAAACUA